UAACUGAAAAUUGUGAUUUUUCCGUGGUCUCAGGUGGCAGUGCGGUAUUUAUUCAUCAUGAAGUUGUUACUAGUAUUUAUUUUUUCCACGAUUUCCCACAUUUAUGCCCAGGGAAAUACUCUGGUUUUAUUGGAGAACCAAGUUAUUAAAGAAACUCACUCCUUAUUUUUCAAAUCUUUGCAAGAAAGGGGUUACACGUUGACUUUUAAAAUAGCUGACGAUGCUUCACUAGUUUUGUCGAAAUAUGGUGAAUAUAUUUAUGAACAUCUUAUAAUAUUUGCACCAUCUGUGGAAGAAUUUGGUGGCAGCUUAAAUGUAGAUGUUAUCACUCAAUUUAUUGAUAACGGUGGGAAUAUAUUGGUGGCCGGCAGCAGUGUUACUGGGGAUGUUCUUAGGGAACUUGCUUCUGAAUGUGGAUUUGAGGUUGAUGAAGAAGGUGCAUUUGUCAUUGAUCAUUUGAAUUAUGACAUUUCUGAUGAAGGGGAGCACACUAAGCUUGUAGUUUCCACAGAUAAUCUUAUUGAUGCACCAGUUAUAGUUGGCUCUAAAAAGGAGCUUGCCCCAUUAAUUUAUAAAGGAACAGGUUUAUUGGCCGACUCUGAUAAUCCUUUGGUCUUAGCAUUAUUAACUGCUGAUAGCACAGCAUACAGUUAUCAACCCAAUCAACCAAUCAAAGAGUACCCUCAUGCUGUAGGCAAGGACACUAUUUUAAUUGCAGGAUUGCAGGCCAGAAAUAAUGCUAGAGUUGUGUUUAGUGGAUCGCUAGCAUUCUUUUCUGAUGAAUUCUUUACUUCUUCAUUGGAAAAAGCUCAUGGAGGUGUCAAGGCAGAAAAAUCAGGAAAUGAAGAUGUUGCUAUUGCGAUAAGUCAGUGGGUCUUCAAGGAACAUGGAAGAUUAAGAGUUAAAUCAGUAAAUCAUCAUAAGGAAGGGGAAAAGACGCCACCUCAGGACUAUACCAUUAUGGAUGAUGUGGUUUAUACCAUUGAAAUUGAGAUUUAUGACAGUGGAAAGUGGAAGUCAUUUACUGCAAAUGAUAUUCAGUUAGAGUUUGUAAGGAUUGAUCCAUUUGUUCGCACAACCCUCAGGAGACAGGCGUCAGGUGCAUAUGAGGCCAAGUUUAAAAUCCCAGAUGUAUAUGGGGUUUACCAGUUCAAGGUGGACUAUGAUAGGGUUGGUUACACAAGACUGUUUAGUACAACACAGGUUUCUGUGAGACCCUUACAGCAUACUCAGUAUGAACGAUUUAUUGAUUCUGCAUACCCAUAUUAUACAGGGGCAUUUUCAAUGAUGCUGGGGGUUUUCCUGUUUUCAUUUGUAUUUCUGCACAUGAAAGAUGAUGAGAAGAAAAGCAAAAAUGAAUAAAUUGUAAUUAUUACUUAGUAUAUAAUAAUAAAGAUUUAAAUUAA